AUGAAUCAAUAUUGUAAUAGUCCUUGUUCACCACUAAUGGUUCAUGAACUUGAACAAGAAGACUUGUUUGCUGGUAGAUGUAUACUAGUAAAUGGUCCUGUUAUUAUUGGUGCUGGUCCUUCAGGACUAGCAGUUGGCGCGGGCCUUAAACAACAAGGGGUUCCCUUUGUGAUCUUAGACCGCGCCAACUGCAUUGCAUCCUUAUGGCAAAACAGGACGUAUGAUCGCCUUAAACUUCACCUCCCGCGACAAUUCUGUGAAUUGCGUUACUUCCCAUUUCCACAAAACUUCCCUGAGUAUCCUACCAAGUAUCAAUUCAUUAGCUACCUUGAAUCUUAUGCCAAGAACUUCGAGAUCAGCCCACGAUUCAAUGAGUCGGUCCACUCUGCUAAGUAUGAUGAAACAUGUGGUUUAUGGAGGGUGAAGACAGUGUGUAGAAAUGGUUCAGUCAUUGAAUAUAUAUGUAGGUGGCUUGUGGUGGCUACAGGAGAGAAUGCAGAAAGAGUAGUGCCCGAAUUCGAAGGAUUAGAAGAUUUUGGUGGACAUAUUAUGCAUGCUUGUGACUAUAAAACAGGGGAAGUUUAUGAAGGGAAGAAUGUGUUAGUUGUUGGAUGUGGUAAUUCAGGCAUGGAAGUUUCACUUGAUCUUUGUCACCAUAAUGCAAGUCCAUUCAUGGUCGUUCGAAGCUCGGUUCAUGUUUUACCAAGGGAAAUACUCGGAAAAUCAACGUUUGAGUUAGGAGUAUCAAUGAUGAAAUGGCUAUCAAUUGAUGUAGUUGACAAGAUAUUACUAGUUGCAGCAAGGUUACUUCUUGGAAACAUAGAAAAGUAUGGUUUAAAAAGGCCAUCCAUUGGACCUUUACAACUCAAGAAUACAGAAGGAAAAACUCCAGUUCUAGACAUAGGUGCAUUACAAAAGAUUAAAACAGGAGACAUAAAGAUAGUUCCAGCAAUCAAAAAAUUUUCUCAAGGAAAAGUAGAAUUUGUCAAUGGAGAAAUACAAGAAAUUGAUUGUAUCAUUUUGGCAACAGGAUAUUGCAGCAAUGUUCCUUCUUGGUUAAAGGAAAGUGAAUUCUUUUCAAGGGAGGGAUUUCCAAGAAGUCCAUUUCCAAAUGGAUGGAAAGGAAAAGCUGGUUUAUAUGCAGUUGGAUUUACAAAGAGAGGACUUUCUGGUGCAUCUUUGGAUGCAAUUAAAGUAUCACAAGAUAUUGGAAAAAUUUGGAAAGAAGAAAUUAAACAGAAAAAUCAAUCUGUUGCUGUUGCAUGUCAUAGAAGAAACAAGUUAUCUUCCUUCUAG